UUUGGAAGCCCGGAAUGACGCCUCAUUUGCGGGCUUAGAUGUCAACUCAAACCCGGACAAGGUCACCUUGCGUAGGCUUGCACGAGUGUAGUUCUGGAGCUACUCGACUCUAUUUUGGACUGCGGAUCGUCGUCUGGUUCACAUCCACGGGGGGCGAAGCUGAGGACUUUGGCUCCGAGUCGGCACUGGAUUGAUGGCGUCUGCACAGUCCUCCUCCUCCGACGGCGAUCCGGAUCCCAACGCGACAAAUUUACGGCCGCCGGGCUCAAGCUAUGACGCUUGGUGUGGUGUUGCUCAUGGCUGUACAAGGAAAUUGGGAAUGAAGAUCUGUGGUUUCCUGCAGAAGAACAACAGCGUGGAGGAGAGGAGCAGGCUGGCGGCCUCGUUGAAGGAGCGCGCGUCCAGGAGCCUCAUGCUCUCGUGUGACAACAGUAGCGGGGGUGCUCGCUUCACACGCACGGAGACAGAUUUCUCCAACCUGUUUGCCAGAGAGCUUUUACCUGCCAAAAAUGGAGAAGAGCCCACCAUGCAGUUCUUGCUGGAGGUGGUGGAAAUCCUCACCAGCUACAUCCGCAAAACAUUCGACAGAUCCACCAAGGUGCUGGACUUCCACCACCCACACCAGCUAUUGGAGGGCAUGGAGGGCUUCAACCUGGAGCUCUCAGAACAGCCCGAGUCUCUGGAGCAGAUUCUGGUGGACUGUAGGGACACCCUCAAGUACGGUGUUAGGACAGGUCAUCCCAGGUUCUUCAACCAGCUCUCCACUGGAUUGGACAUUGUCGGUUUGGCGGGGGAGUGGCUCACCUCGACAGCCAACACCAACAUGUUCACCUACGAAAUUGCCCCUGUCUUCGUACUGAUGGAGCAGCUGACGCUGAAAAAGAUGCGCGAAUUCAUUGGCUGGCCAGAGGGGGAGGGGGAUGGCAUCUUUUCUCCAGGAGGAGCCAUCUCCAACAUGUACGGGGUGAUGAUUGCACGCUACAAGUACUUCCCUGAGGUGAAAAGCAAAGGCAUGGCAUCUGCACCUCGGCUGGUCCUCUUCACCUCUGAGCAUAGCCACUAUUCAAUCAAGAAGGCUAGCGCAGCAUUAGGAUUUGGAACGGACAAUUUAAUUCUGCUCAAAACAGAUGACAGGGGUAGAGUCAUUCCUGCUGAUUUGGAAGCCAAAGUAAUCGAAGCCAAGCAAAGGGGUUGUGUUCCCAUGUACGUGAACGCCACAGCCGGCACCACGGUCUACGGGGCCUUCGAUCCCAUCAAUGAAAUUGCUGACAUCUGUGAAAAAUACAACAUGUGGCUUCAUGUGGACGGUGCUUGGGGAGGAGGGUUGCUGAUGUCAAGGAAACACAGACACAAGCUGAAUGGAGUCCAUAGGGCCAACUCAGUAACCUGGAACCCUCACAAGAUGAUGGGAGUGCCUCUGCAAUGCUCUGCCAUUCUGGUCCGAGAAAAGGGCUUAUUACAAGGCUGCAACUCCAUGUGCGCCGGCUACCUCUUCCAGCCAGACAAGCAGUACGACGUUGCUUACGACACGGGAGACAAGGCCAUCCAGUGUGGCCGCCAUGUCGACAUUUUUAAAUUCUGGCUCAUGUGGAAAGCAAAGGGAACAGUGGGAUUCGAACAGCAUAUCGACAAGUGUCUUGAACUCUCGUCAUACCUUUACCACAAAAUAAAAAACAGAGAAGGCUUCGAGAUGGUGUUCAACUCAGAGCCGCAGCACACCAACGUAUGCUUCUGGUACCUUCCGCCGAGCUUACGCAGCAUGCCGGCUGGUGAAGAGAGACAAGAGAGGUUACACAAGGUGGCCCCAAAGAUUAAGGCCAUGAUGAUGGAAUCUGGCAGCACAAUGGUGGGCUACCAACCUCAAGGAGAGAAAGUCAACUUUUUCCGCAUGGUCAUCUCCAAUGCGGCUGCUACUAGGUCCGAUAUCGAUUUUCUGGUGGAGGAAAUUGAAAGACUCGGGCAUGACCUGUAAGAGCCGUCUGUGCUUUGCCUCUGGAAGACACAUCAUUAGGUAUACCUGCACAAUCUGAUGAUCUCUGAUACAAAAUAUGUAUAAUCUAUUGAUAAGUGUCUUCUCUGACCACAAAUGUCAUGUAUUCUAUGCAGAAUAGUUUAGAAGACUAAAUGAACGUAAUAAAGUACAUUGAAAAAAGAAAAAGAGCACAACCUUAUAGCAUUGCCAUGUAAGUUGUACUGUACAUAAUAUAAACUGUAUGUACCUGUAUGUUGAUGGACCAUGUUGUUUAUGUCGUGCUCAAAUCAAUCAUUCCCUUGGAAAUCACAUAGGUGGUGAAUAUGAGUAUCAUGCAGUCAAUGUAAUAUGUAUUGUACUUAUUAUGGCUGUGUUUUUAGACAUUUUCUGUGUAGAUUGUGUAUAGUAUUGUUACAAAGUAUGUGUUUUAUGGUGAAUCACAUGUAAAUCGACCAGAUGUAUCACUUCAUUUGAACUAAGAGAGUAUAAUUGUGAAUAGUUACGUUUUGUUUUUGUUUUUUUAUAGGUUUUUAGAUUUCACCAGUCUUUUAUGUGCAUUAGUGAACCAAAGAUGGGUUGUGUUCCAUCAACAAACGUGUUCAUUGCCCUUAUGGAUAAAAUCUCGUGUUUGUAGAAAAAUACUUUAACUGUGCAAUAUAUGUUGUGUGAAUUGUGCAAAGACGUUUGUUGAGGAAGAAAAGCACAAUGCUAAAACACAAAUGAUUGUUUCCACGAUUAUGCGUCGGUCGAAGUGACCGCAACAAUCUACAACAUGCCCGCCUAAGGCAUUCCUUACUGCGGGCGAGCUAAGGUGUACACGUCAUGUAGAAUUGAGCUUGCACACUGUUUGUUGUUGUUAUGAGGACGAAAUAACAUUCCUGAAUCAGAUUAAACAUAAAUAACAGCACUUUAAUUUAGUAUUUUCAGAGUAUUACUGUUGUAACCACAGCACCAAUAAAUAAAUAUGUGAGCUAUUGA